AUGCAAACAUUCGACCUCGGCGCGCCUACGCUGGCAUUUGAACUGCGACCUCCUCCCGAUCGAUACUGUGCUGAGUCAUUCAACGCCCAACGAGAGCCGCAAAUGACACGUCUCUCUGGAUUAUCUGGAGUCAUCCUGCGUGGUCAAGAGCUAGGAGGUUUCCUGAUGAAACUCUUCACUAGUAUUCUGAUUGCAAUGUUUAUUCUUUCGUCAAAGUGCCUCAUGCACGGUAUCGUUUUUAUCCUGAUUAAAAUUUCUGCCCUGCUCUGCCAAUGGAAAUAUCUACGCUCCCACUGUGAUUGGUUCAACCAAAAUAUCCCUCAGUCCACAGAACUGACUCCCCGUUCAUUUAUAUUCAUUCGGCUUAUUCAAUCGUUCACUGGUUCCCCGAUGAAAUUCUUCUCUUCGUUUUUGAUUACAAUUUUUAUACGUCUACCCCUAUGCCUAAUACAGGGGAAGUACCUAACACGUUUCUUCCUUUAUGCCACUGGUGCAACCUUUUACCUUGUUGUGUACUGUGAUGAAGCCUAG